CGGAGUGACAUUUGCAUGCAGGCGCGCCGUGGCCAAUGGGCAGCAGCGCGGCGGCGCGGCGCGGCGGCGCACUCGAGCAUGGCCGCGGCCGCGGCGGGAGGAGCCCCGGGUCCGGCCCCCGGCCCCGCCAGGCCCGCGCCGGCCGCCCGGAACCCGCCGGCCGUGCCGCGGAGGCGCGGGGACUCCCGGCGCCGCCAGGCCGCUCUCUUCUUCCUCAAUAACAUCUCCCUGGACGGACGGCCCCCGAGCCUGGGUCCUGGCGGGGAGAAGCCCCCGCCGCCGCCACCACCGCCCACCGAGGCCCGCGAGCCGCCCGCGCCGCCGCCCGCUCCACCCGGAGGCCUCCCGGGGCUGCCAGCCAGGCCCGCGCCCCAGGGCCUACUCAGCCCCACGACGGCGCCCGCCGGCCUCAGCCUGGAUGGGCAGCGCCAGAGGAGACGAGUCACAUCUCAGCGCUGUUCCCUCGAAUUUCUGGAAGAUGCAGUGGGGUGUGCCUCGGUGCAGAGAACCAAGCACGCCUCUGGGUCACCAAGACACAAAGGCCUGAAGAAAACCCACUUCAUCAAGAGCAUGCGGCAGUAUGAUACAAAGAACAGCAGGAUCGUGCUCAUCUGUGCCAAGCGGUCCCUGUGUGCGGCCUUCUCAGUCCUGCCCUAUGGAGAAGGCCUCCGGAUCAGUGACCUGAGGGUGGACAGCCAGAAGCAGAGGCACCCAUCCGGCGGCGUUUCUGUUUCUUCCGAGAUGGUCUUUGAGUUGGAAGGCGUUGAGCUGGGAGCAGACGGAAAGGUCGUGUCUUAUGCAAAGUUCCUGUACCCUACUAAUGCCCUGGUGACACACAAGAGUGACAGUCAUGGCUUGCUGCCCCAGCCUCGGUCCAGCGUCCCCCGGGUUCCACCAGGUUCAAGACACAAAGCUGUGCCUACCAAGUCAACACCAGCUGGCGCAGAACUAGGGAACGAUGUGGGAGAUGCAGUAGAAUACAACCCCAACCUCUUGGAUGACCCACAGUGGCCAUGUGGGAAGCACAAGCGGGUGCUUAUCUUUGCUUCGUACAUGACCACGGUUAUAGAGUAUGUGAAGCCUGCAGACCUCAAAAAGGACAUGAAUGAGACCUUCAGGGAGAAGUUCCCUCAUAUCAAACUGACACUGAGCAAAAUUAGGAGUUUAAAGCGGGAGAUGCGAAGCCUGUCUCAGGAGUGCAGCCUGGAACCUGUGACCGUGUCCAUGGCCUACGUGUACUUUGAGAAGCUCGUGCUGCAGGGCAAGCUCAACAAACAGAACCGUAAACUGUGUGCCGGUGCCUGCGUUCUGCUGGCUGCCAAGAUCAGCAGUGACCUCCGCAAGGGCGAAGUCAAGCAGCUCAUUGAUAAGCUGGAGGAACGGUUCCGGUUUAACAGACGAGAUCUCAUUGGAUUUGAGUUCACGGUGCUUGUGGCCCUGGAACUGGCCCUGUACCUCCCUGAGAACCAAGUGUUACCUCACUACAGACGCCUCACCCAGCAGUUGUAGCCUGGAGUAGUGCACCUGCAGGAAGGCUGCCUGGUAGGAAGGCAGGUAGCUUGGCUAGAACACUAGUGUCCUGUCCCUGCUCCAAUACUGCACUUGCCCCUCACAGCCCAAGGUGACUGUUGGUUUCCUAGGAGACACUGCUUCCAUUCAGAAGUGCACCACACCUCACAGCACUUGUGAGAAUUUCCUGGCGGAAAUGAACAGUGUGGGGUUUGGCUUGCUCUUGGAGUGCCUGAGACCAGCCUGGUUUACACUGUGAUGGAUCCUGAGGUCCAGCCCUUGAAACCUACCACAGCUAAGAGGUUCCCGUGAGGGACAAGUGUCCACACCUAAUGUGCUAGGAUUGCCAGCCAGGCUUGUUUCUGGAAAUGGCUGUGUAGACCCUGCCUCCACCCUAACAGCCGUUGUCGUCAAGGUAGAGGGGAAGGCAGAUGUUGACCCACUCUGCUUUUGCUUACUCUUUGGACCUUGUUGUGCAUCUGUCACAUAUACAGCAAGGCUUGGCCAACCCCACACCUGACAGAAACUUCCCUGCAGCACUGGGCUUUUGAGACAACUGCUGACUUGAGGCUCUCAACUUUCCUAAGCAAUACUGCGAUGGAGAAAAAGCAUUGCAAUUUGGGAUUUGGUCCCAGAAGCUGGUCCAGUAAGGUCCACUGGUGUAACUCUGUAACCACACCUGAUCUUCAGGCAAGAAGGCACUGACCCUGUCACCUCAAACAGCAGCGUAGACGCCAUUGAGGUUAACAUGCCUACGUAUCCGCUGUGCCAUUGCCCUUUUGCUUUCUCAUGACAACCAGUCACUAGCCUGGGCUCCACAGCCUCACCGAUCCCCAGCCAUGCUCAUGUCCCUCAGGCCUGUACUAGCCAACCACCUAGGACCAUAGCAUCUGUAAUAGCUUGAGCGUAAGGGAACCCUGCAAAACAGUGACAAAUCUGUCUUUUAUAUUGACCAUGCUUAUACUGGUGUAAGCAAAUCCAUACCCCUACAGCAUCUUGGGUGCCAGACAACGGUCCUGCAAACAUGUCAUCUUCAAGGUGGCUCCCUCAUUUAGUUUAGUUUAAGAUCAACUUCCUAGGCAUUGCUCCAACUUACAGGCUAUCCUUGGAGGACACCUAGGCAGCUUCCUCUAGGUGUAUAGUUAAGUGUUAAAGCUGGUAGACAGCACUAACUUAAGCUUAUAUAUUUAUGUUGUAAGGUUUAUUAUUUACCAAGCUUGUCUGCUAGUCUUCCCUCCCAGUCGUCUUUAGUGACGCCAAGAGCUGCUGCUGUAUGAUGCCAAGCUGCUGGAACAAAACCAACCUUAAACCAAAUGGCAGGCUAAACCCAGAAAUCGGAGCUGUACCCAUGGCGUCCAGCUGGACUGUGACCCAAUGCCACAGACCCGGUGCUGCACCCUUAGCACCCAACAGUAGGCACCAAUGUUUGAAAGGGUAUCUGACCUCAGAAUGUCAUGUGUGUCCCGUGGGUUUUCCAUGGAUGGUGUUAAAAUGUUUUUGUUAAAGUAAAACUUGGUUUUGCAACAUA